UGUCACUUUUGUUCGUAUUUCGGUGUGUCGCUUCUCCUUCUUCGUUCGUAUUGCGGUUUUCGGCAUUUCGUAAAUGAAAAAUGAUUGAUUUUUCGAAAAAUAUAAAUACGUGUGGUACUCUGAGUGUAUACGUGUGAUUGUUUUUAGAUAUUGUGUUUUAUAAGUUUAUUCACCAUGCCUCCAGUAAAUUCUAAGGUGAAAAAGAACGGCGCAGAAUAUGAGAAUAUCAUUGCCAAAAAAUGUACAGCACUGGAUUUUGAACAGUACAUCCAAGAUAAUAAAACUCUUCUCAUGAAUGAUCCGCUCCGGGACAUACUCCUGUAUCCAACUGAUGAUGUGUCUAGUGUUGUUCUGCCGCGUCGUUGGAGAACUGUCACGACCGCCGUGCCUGAUGUGAGGACGGCGGCAUCUUGCCCUUUACUAACGAGACAGGCACUCCUCAGCUAUGCCUCUAGUUGGAAUCUCAUACAUUACAAGUUCAGCAAUUAUUCAGGCAGCUACCUCAAUUUACCACGGCCCAUUGAAAAUAAAUUUCCGGAAGAGGUAUACGAUAUUGACGCCGAAACAGAGAGUGACAAUGAGGGUCAGGCGGCUAAAUUAGACCUUGGUACCAAAGAGGGACACCUGCUCAAGGGACCUGAAAUUGGCUCAGAUAGAAUAUUCAGUAACCUUGCUUCAAAGUCAUUUAAGAAACGUUAUUGCUCAAUGGUUAGAGAGGCCGAUGGCACGUAUAUACUUGAAGUGUAUAAGGACGAAAAGAAGACGGAUACAAAGCUCACUAUUGUUAUGGAUUUUUGUUCUGAUGUUGUUAGGAAUCCUAAAAAGGGACGGUUUUGUUUCGAAUUGCGCAUGGCAGGCGGUAAAGGCUAUACGUUUGCAGCUGAGAAUGAGGAAGAUGUUAAUGAUUGGAUCAACGCUUUCAAAGCAGCAUUGAAAAAAAACCAGGAUAACCAAGAAACUCACCAAAGUGAUGAAGCUUUGGACAAAGAUGCAGACGUAUCCCUAACAGCGGAACCUCCUCCUCCUACUUACGGUACUCUGAAGGGCUUGGAGCACAGUAUGAACCCGUUACUGAUGCGGUAUUCCCGUGAGACGGACAUGUCCAUCGCAGCCGCGCGCAAUGAGUGUCGCUACAACAUCUUCAGCAUGCCAUACAAACGCGCGCCCUCGCCUGAACCUCAGCUCGAACCAUUCAAAGAACACUUUGGCCAAAGAAUUUUGCUCAAAUGCGAAAGCUUAAAGUUUAGGUUGCAAGCGCCGAUAGACGGCGAUAAAGAACUGUUGUGUCAAGUUGAACCUUAUUACACGUACUUAGCGCUGUACGACGCGAGGAGUGGGAAGAAACUCUCGGAGAACUUCCACUUCGACCUGAACCAUGAUGCCGUGAAAGAUCUAGUCAAGGAUAACGAGGACACGAAGUCAUUAGUUGAGAAUUUUAGUUACGAUGUUAAGUUAGACGUUAAUCAGAUACCGGAAGAGUGGUUUAGAUCGAAGAGACAGGUAAUGCUGUCUGUAAACAAUCCGCACUCAGACUUGUUUCUCGUAGUUAAGAUUGAUAAAAUCUUACAAGGCCACGUGAGUCAGGUGCUGGAGCCUUACCUCAAGGCCACCAAGGAUCCGAGACUUGGCCUCAAAGUACACAAAAACGUCCAGGCGUAUGCAAACCGCGUGGGAACUUACCGUAUGCCCUUCGCUUGGGCAGCGAAACCUUUGUACAAAAUGUACAGCAACGAUUUAGACUUGACGCCGGAGUUCCCGGCUAUAUACCGACAGGAACCGAACAAGAUGUCUGAUGAUGACCUGUUGAAGAUAUUGUCAGACUAUCGCAAGUCCGAGAAGAUGUCCAAACUGACUGUGAUACCGGGGUGGCUCAGCAUCAAUAUACAUCAGAGCAACGAACAAGUACCAAAUUGUAUGUCAACAUCGUAUGCAGCAUUGAAACCUUUUCCACUUCCGCCUACAUUGCCGCUUACAUUAGAGUUGGCUACAUUAAACGUGGAACCGGAGCAGCCGUAUGCAGCUUACAUACAUCAUUUGUACGUGCGCCCCCUUGCCUUGAACUUUGAAUCUCAAAAGAUGUUUGCCAGAGCUAGGAAUAUUGCGUGCUCCAUAGAGUUGAGAGACAGUGAUACGGGUGAAAAUAAACCAAUGCAGGCUGUAUACGGCCGGUUCGGCAUGACGACACAGUACCGUUGCUCGGUCUUACAUCAUAAUGCGAACCCCACUUGGAGUGAUGAGGCCAAGAUUCGUCUCCCAGCCACCAUAACAGCCCAGCAUCAUUUACUGUUCACCUUCCACCACAUAUCCUGUGACCUUGCUAAGAAAAAUGAUGCUAAUGUCGAAACAUGUAUUGGAUAUGCAUGGAUUCCCUUAUUGAAGAACGAUAAACUGGUGGAUGAGAUUGUAAACUUGCCUAUUGCGACACACUUGCCGUCUGGAUACUUGGCUAUUCAGCCACUUGGACUUGGGAAAGGGAACACCGGUCCAGAAGUAGUAUGGGUAGAAGGUGAGAAGCAGCUCUUCCGUUGUCAACUAGUGCUGGACUCCACAGUUGCCACCAGGGACCCUCACUUGCAUAACCUGUUCAGUCAGGCUGAAAGACUUAUUAAGUCCAGUUCACCCCCCACCUCGCCAUCCCCACCACCGUGGAAUGACGUAUGCAACGCCCUCAAAGCUGCGCACGCAAUCAAAUUGAGUUCUCUAAUAGCUUUCUUGCCAACUAUUAUGAAUCAAUUGUUUGAAUUAAUGACAGUUGAGAAAAGUUACACUCAAGACAUGGGUUACCAGAUUGUGAAACUGAUAGUGCAUUUCGUGCAUAUGAUACACGAUUAUGGUCGGAAGGAUUUGUUGGAUAGCUACGUUAAGUACGUUUUCAACUGCGUCGAAUUCAAACUGCACACGAUGUUGACGGCUCCACUGCACAUGUUCGUGGAUCCCAACCAACCGGACUUUUUGCUCGGCAACAAAUUCAUGCAGUACUCCGGUUUCUUCUUCGAUAUAAUCACUAAAAGUAUGGCGCAGUACCUUAUCAAUACAGGAAGGAUUAAAAUGUCACGCCAUGAAAGGUUUCACGCGGAUCUACUAGAGAACAUUGAAAAACUAGUUGCGACUGUGGAGCCUUCGUACAUUUUACAACAACCGAUGCAAACUCAUAUUUUCAACAAAAAUCUUGCCACAUUUUUAAAAUCUUGCCUAUCAUUCAUGGACAGAGGUUUCGUGUUCCGACAGAUAAAGAAAUACUUGGAUAAGUUCAAAGUCUGCGAUCCUAAAGCUUUGUUUGAUUUCAAAUUCACGUUUCUACAAACAAUAUGCUCCCAUGAACAUUUUGUGCCGUUCAAUCUGCCGUUACAUGCGAAUAAACUGCCUAAAGAUGGCGACGAAGAUCCCGCGAAGCUGAGACUCACUGAAGAUUUUAUUAUGAGACACUUUCUUGCCGGAACCCUGCUAAAACAAGUUGAACAGUCGUUGAGGGAGGCGCCAUUGAAGCGCAGGUCUGCGCUAAGUGUGCUCCGAGCUUUAUUGACGAAGCACGAACACGAUGAUCGGUACAGGAGUCGGCAGUGCAGGGCGAGGCUCGCGUAUUUGUACUCGCCGUGGCUGACUAUUGUACUUGACAACGCACAUCGUCUUAUAACAAAGAACUUGGCGAGUCCCGUAGAGAAUGGUCACGAUAGAGUGGAUGGCGACGCGACAGUGAACCCCGUACUGAACAGUACGCAGAAAGAGGCCGCCUCAGCUAAUAGCACUCCUAGGAGGAACAGACUGACCUUACAUUUUGACCAUACACCUGUGAGGAACUCCGCGCAUUUCAAGGAACCGCCUACAAUACCGGGCAAUCAUAUGUAUGGGAAAGAUCACGCCAAUAAUAUGUCACAAAGCAGUUUAGAAACAGUUUCAACAAUGUCUGGAGGCGACUCGCUGCCAAGAAACAUUGGACGACUAGAUUUAAGUGAAAUUGGUGAUCAAGUUAAUAGAUUCGGUGUGAUGUCCGCGGAAGAGGUGCGCGAUGUCCUUUUGUGCUUCUUGUACGUAUUAAAGUAUUUGGAUGAUGAGAGGCUCGUUGAUUGGUGGAGGACUCAAUCGCAGGCGCAGCAACAAUCCUUCUUUAAUGUGUUGGAAAUAUGUGCAGAACAAUUCCAAUAUGUCGGACGUAAGAAGAUUCUAUCAGAAAUGAAAGCGACUACACCGGACUGCAACGGCAAACCGAAGCCUGUAAAAGCCAGAACUUUGCCUGCUAGAAUGAGCCCGCCUGAUUUCUCCAAGGAACCACCAAUAGUUGUGGAGAAAAAUAAUACCGUUAACAGGGAAAAUCUUGUUAAUCCAUCUGUUACUACAGAGUUGGAAGCAAUAGCGGAACACACAGUGCUAUCCGCAAGCUGCCUUGCUACGGAAGUCGGGCUUACCAUCAUAGACCGCGCCUGUCUCUUCAUGAAGAACUUGGGAGCAGCUGACGGGGUCGCAGCGAAGCCCUAUCUCAAACUAUUGCAGUACCCACAGAGCGAGACUUUGUACAAACAUCUGUUUUCUGCACUAAGAGCGUAUAUUAAUCAGUUCUCGGAGACUUUGUUUGAAGGGGGUAGUACAGUAUGUUCGGGCGUGGUGGCGGCCGUGGUCCGGCUGUGCGAGGCGCGCGCGGCCUGGCUGCGCAGGGAGGCGGCCGCCGCGCUCUACCUGCUCAUGCGGGCCAACUUCCAGCACGGUACUGGCGGGGACCUCACUAGGGUGCAUCUACAGGUCAUCAUGGCUGUAUCGAAGCUACUGGAUAACUCCACUGCCCUGAACUGCAAGCGUUUUCAAGAGUCGCUCUCUGUCAUCAAUUGCUUUGCGACUGGUGACAAGGCUAUGAAAGGGACUGGUUUGUCGAGUGAAGUUGCGGAGCUAAUGCGGCGCGUGCGCACUGUUGUCGGAGCGCGGGCGCGCCUCGCGGGAGUUGGGGGCGUUGGUGCUUCAGGAGCUGGCAGUGUCCACCUAGCGGAGUUACAGCACGCUUUAGCCGCGUCGUGUCGCGCCACGCCACGUCUGCGACACGCCUGGCUCUCCAACCUCGCAGAACAUAACGCUAGGCAAGGAGACUACGAUGAGGCAAUGUGUUGCCAACUUCACAUCGCGGCCCUAAUGGCAGAAUACCUCAAACUGAGAGGAACCCAACAAUGGGGAGCCGAUGAGUUCGCGGAGAUCUCACUCAACAUACCACGCGAUGAAACCGGCCUUAAAAUCGACGAGGGUAUGACAGACGUGCAUUACAACGAGCAAGCCUUCCUCGACCAGCUCAUGGUCUGCACGGAAGCCGUCGACAAGGCUGAGAGAUAUGAACUCUUAGGUCCACUCUACAGACUUAUAAUCCCCAUCUAUGAACGAAGAAAGGACUACCAAGCAUUACUAGCUUGCUACCAACACCUAACCAAAGCAUACGCCAAAGUAAUUGAAGUCACAAACUCCGGAAAGCGUCUACUAGGUAGAUUCUACAGAGUCGCAUUCUUCGGUAAAGCGCAUUUCGGCGAAGAUGAAGAAGGCAUCGAAUUCAUCUAUAAAGAACCUAAACUCACAUCUCUAAGUGAAAUAUCGGAAAAAUUACAACAGUUUUACGAACAAAAGUAUGGAGCUGGAAACGUCAAAAUGAUCAUGGAUUCUGCACCGGUGAACCGUGAUGAGCUGGACAGCAAGUUGGCGUACAUCCAAGUGACCUGGGUACGAGCUGCACCAGAAGGAGUAGUUGUUUCUGGUGGAGGAGAAGGUUCCUUCGAAAGAGCACAUAAUGUACGACGCUUUGUCUUCGAAACUCCUUUCACGAGAGACGGAGCUGCCAGGGGUCCUGUACAUCAUCAGAGGAUAAGACUCACGCAUUUAACUACGGAUUCAUGGUUCCCAUACGUAAAACGUCGCGUGCCCGUCAUCGACACGCAAAUUGAAGAAAAGAGCCCGAUAGAGGUCGCUGUAUCCGAAAUGGAAGGACAAGUCACUGAGUUGCAAGAGAUCGUCAACGCGAAAGCGCCUGAUAUUAAGAAAUUACAAUUACGAUUACAAGGCAGCGUGUGCGUACAAGUGAACGCGGGUCCACUGGCGUAUGCUAACGCCUUCUUGGACCCUACCCUGGCCCCUAUGUACCCUGACGAUAUGGUCGAGAAGCUCAAAUCUAUAUUCAAAGAGUUCCUAACUGUAUGCCAUGCAGCGUUACAGCUCAACGCGAAACUGAUCAGCUCAGACCAGGUUUCAUACCACGAGGCUUUAGAGACGAAUUACUACAAGCUAAGCCACUCCCUCUCAGGCAUGCUGGGCCAGCCUUUACAAGAUAUUUUAGUCAACGGUAACUUAAGCACUACUGUUCCGGGCGUAGAACUAGAAUCCAGUAACGCUUGAAUCAACAGCAUCGAUCGGAUUGGUCCGUCAUCACGACGUGUUUGCGUCCACUAAUUGAAUGCUAGAUCGAUAUUACGGCAACCAAUCAACUUUGAGUAUUUAUGCUGUCGUGCUACGCCAUUGGUUUAUAGUGCGCGAAUGUUGUACGCACGAUAUCUAAUUAUGGGGUGUUAAAUUUUGAGCAAUAUUUUCUUAAAGCGUAUUUUUAAUGCUUUUCGUUCUAUAUCCUGAUAGUGUAUAAAAUAUGUUUAGCAGUUGAAAAACUGCUUUUUCCCAAAAUGAAAUUCAGUUUGCUAGAGAAUCAUUAACGAAAUGGUUUUGUUUUCUCAGGUGUCAUACUAAAU